AUGGUGACCACGUCAAGGAAAACGAAGCGCGGGACGCCUUGCCUUGCGGCAAGAAGGACGGACGACCUGAGCAAGGUCGUCAGCCGGCAGCGGCUGGAUGCGGGCGGCACAAGACUGCACCCAGUUGGCGUGCAGCAGUGGAUAAGUAUUUUGACCACCUGGCUUACCAGUGAACUUGACGAAGCGCAGCCUAUUGAGCAGGCUGGCUUUCGGAGCGGCUUCUCAACCAUCUACCAUAUCCACACGGUGAAUCAGCUGAUGGGGAAAUGUCUCGAAUUUAACCGGCCCCUUGUCAUGGCCUUCGUCGAUUAUGAGAAGGCCUUUGACAGUAUCAAACAUUGGGCCGUGUUCCACGCUCCUUAUCGCUGCCACAUCGACUCCCGCUAG